AUGGCCUCGGCCAUUGUCGGCAUCAAGCAUGCGAAGGCCAGGGUGGCUGAGGAAACACCAGACAUCAUGCCGACACUGCCAGAUGAGGCUGAUUUCGUCCGAAGCUUCGAGCUCGAACGGCAGGCACUGAGCGACAUUGGAGUCACAUGGCAGAAGCGGCGGGUUAUCGUGACGGAGGAGAGGAUCUGCUUCGGGAAGAUGCAUAGCACGGAGAUGUUGGACUACAUCCCGCUGCUCGAGGUGGAGCAAGUGCACCGAACGAGCGAGGUCCGCAUGGCUGAGCCCAACACGAAGCUUGUUUUCUCUGCCAAAUCGUACAAGUCAAAGAACGUUGUCAGCAAGCCGCGGACGGAGCAGAAGCUCAAGGCCGUCCCGGCGCUGGACGACGACGACGAGGAACUACAUAUCCUCACCAUCUUCACCAUAGAGGACGGGCACAACUCAGGUAGGCCGACGGUGCUGGCAACGCAGAACAAGGCUGUCUACGAUGAUGUGGUGCAUACCCUGGAGACGAUGAUCGAGCAGUGCAAGGCGGACAUGUUGGCUAAGUCAGAGACGACAGCUUUGACCAAGUGGAGAAGGAUUGUCAGGGAUUUCUACGAUGGGAACAUCUGUCAGGGAAUUGUAGGGCUGCUGAUAGUCGCCUCCUACGUCAAUGCGCUGGUGAAUGCGCAGGUGCUGCCGGAAGCGAAUUCAACCCAGAGCAAAGCCUUCAGCACCAUGGAAUGGUUCUUCAACAUCAGCUUCACAGUGGAAAGCACCCGAGAGCAGGCUAGGAUGUUGAGAGGGGAAAAGAGAGGGAGAAUGGGCGAAUGGAGAGCGAAGCACGAUAUCGUUGUGGUCGUUCUAUCCCUCAUCUCCCAGUUUGUCGAUGGGUUGACUGGCAUCAGCGUGCUGAGGUUGGCGAGGGUUUUCAAGAUGCUCAGGCUAUUCCGGUAUGCUGGUGGUGGCAGUUAUGACGACGACGACGACGACGACGACGAUGAUGAUGAUGAUGAUGCUGAUGAUGAUGAUGAUGAUGAUGAUGAUGAUGAUGAUGAUGAUGCUUGUGCUGGUGAUGCUGGUGAUGAUAAUCAUGACAACGAUGAUGACGAAGAUGAUGAUGAACUUCGGAGGCGGAGAUGUAGAUCAUGGAAACUUGCAUCCUUGAGAAUCCUUAUCAACGCCCUAGCAGCCUCAGUCAUUCCCGUCGUCAACGCUCUCACCAUUCUAUCGCUCGUCACAUCCAUCUACGCCAUCAUUGCAACCAACCUCUUCAGCGAACGACAACCUGACUUCUUCGGUGGCUUCCUCAAGUCAAUGUUCACGAUGUAUCAGAUCUCCACGGGCGAUGCCUGGGGUUCGAUCAUAGCGCGCUCAGUGCUGGAUUACGAGCACGAGUCUCAGAUAUUCAACUUUGGGGUUGGAUUUUUCUUCGUCUCGUACAUGUUGCUGGUUGGCAUGGUGCUCAUGAACAUCGUUGUCGCUGUUCUGCUCGACGAGUUCAUCACCAUGGUUGAGCGGGAGAAGGAAGAGAGGAGAGCAAAGUUCAAGGCUGAACUUGCAAAGCAGAACUCGAAGCACUUCAAUCAGCUUCCUCUCGAUCCCCUCCUGGCAGGCCUCGUUGAGUUCGCUACCAUCCAGGAGCUUUCCAACAGGAUCUACCAGCUCUACCAGAGGCUGGACCUGGAUGAGAACGGGUCUCUGAACCUGCAGGAGAUCAACGAGGGGUUGAGGAAGGUGAACCUGUCGCACCCCGUCCGGCUGACCCAGGAGGACUUUGACAUGCUCACGAUGGGGAGGACCCUGCUGGACGAGGACGGCGAGCUGACCCCGUCCAACUUCGAGAGGAUGAUCCUUAUGCAGCUGGACAGCUACGUGAGGAGGAAGAUGGUCAGCUCGAUCGACACAGUGGAGGACGACACCUCGCGGGAAAUCCUGUUUGCCAUCAAGAUGAGCUUGUCGGCGAUCGACCACUUCAAGGUCUCCAUUGAGAACAAGGUCGGCAACAAGAAGAUGGAGAGCAGGAAAUUGAUCCUCCGCAAACUUUUCCGCUCCUCUUCCUACGUUGCUUUCAAGGAGUGGAGGGACAUGGUCAAGAACCGUGGGAGCUUCGAGGACGGGGACGAAGAUGGGGACGGAGAGGAAGGGGAAAGCAUCGAGAGAGGAGGGAACUCUCCUGCCCAGAGGAGUGACUGGAGCGACAAGAUGGGGAUCCAGGACUUGGGCAAGCAGCUCAUGGCGCGUAUGGACACGCUGGAGCGGCGGGUCGAGCAUCAGUCUCGCUCCCUCACCCACAAGCUCGCAGCCAUGGACAUCUUGAACCAGAAGCUUGACGUGAUCAUGACCAUGGUGCUGCCAUCCUCCUCGCUUCCCUCCUCCCCCGUCCCUCCCCGACCACACCAGGUUGUCAACAGGCAGCAGAAGCUCCAGGAUGUCGGCGGAUCAAGGGAGGAGGAGAGGUCGGAAGAGGAGAAGAAGGAGCCAGCAAGGAGGGAGGAGGUGAAGGGGGACCUGGCCAACGGGAAUCAGACGAGGGAAGGGAUGGCAAACGACUCCGCUUCUCUACCUAUCGCCAUCUCCUCCACCAAGCUCAUCCCCUUCCAAACUUUCCUCCAGAACGAAGACCUCAUUGUUUCCACCUCCCAGCAAAAGAUGGAGCGAUUCAAGAGGGGAGGGAGAUCGAGCUCCGAGCUCUUGCUCCACGAGGGCCCCAGCAAGCUCAACAAGCCCCGCAUCAGGCGCUUCAACACUCACGUUCACAGCACGAACGGCGACGACACGGCGAUGGCAAGCAGGGCCCAGCAGCAUGCUGAGCUUCUAGACAAGAUCCAAUCGUACAAGACCAGGUUCAGCUGCGUGAGCCGAGUUGCAGACCCCAGCAGCAAGGCCGAGCCAGGUCGCAGCGGGGGGCAAGAGGUUACUAGCAACUCUGUGCGGCCACACAAGGGAGGGAUCGGGAGGACGGUGAGCCUGGGGGAGGUUGAUGUGCAUUUCUUGAGGAGCGGACCAGAUUCGGAGGAGGAGGAGGAGGAGGAGGAGGAGGACGGAUCCCGGUCGAUUGCUCACAGUGAGAUCUGA